GACAGGCGGGCAGCGUAGGCUGGAGAUGGAGCCGGAGCCGAGCUUCGCGCACAUGGGGCUGGACGGGCGGCUGCUGCAGGCCAUCGCUGAGCUGGGCUGGGCCAAGCCCACACUGAUCCAGGAGAAGGCCAUUCCGCUGGCCCUGGAGGGCAAGGACCUGCUGGCCCGGGCUAGGACUGGCUCUGGGAAGACGGCCGCCUAUGCCAUCCCCCUCCUCCAGCACUUGCUCCAAGUGAAGAUGUCCCCCUUGGUGAUGGAGCAGGCGGUGCGUGGGCUGGUCCUGGUGCCCACCAAGGAGCUGGGCCAGCAGGUGCUGCAGAUGAUCCGGCAGCUGACGGCGUACUGCUCCCGCGAUGUCCGUGUCGCCGAUGUCUCCGGGCAGGUGGACAUGUCUGCACAGAGGCCCAUCCUGAUGGAGAAGCCGGAUGUGGUGGUGGGGACGCCCUCACGGGUCCUGGCUCACCUGCAGGGCCACAGCCUGAGCUUGCGCCACUCCCUGGAGGUGCUGGUCCUGGAUGAGGCCGACCUACUCUUCUCCUUUGGCUUUGAGGAGGAUCUGAAGAACCUGCUAUGGGGCAAAGACCCAGAGUACGGCGUGGCACGGGGCAUCGACUUCCAGAAUGUCGCCACCAUCAUCAACUUCGACCCGCCGCCCUCAGUCGAGUCCUACAUCCACCGGGCGGGCAGGACGGCCCGUGCUGACAACCCCGGCACAGCCCUGACUUUCGUGACACACCCAGAGUGCCCCCUGCUGGCCGAGAUUGAGGAGGCUCUCGCAGGAGAGAGCACCGAGCCUGUGCUGCGCCCCUAUCAGUUCCGGAUGGAGGAAGUCGAGGGGCUCCGCUACAGAUGCCGGGAUGCCAUGCGCUCCGUCACCAAGCAGGCCAUCAAGGAGGCGCGGCUGCGGGAGAUCAAGGAGGAGCUACUCAACUCAGAGAAGCUGAAGACGUACUUCGAGGACAAUCCCCACGACCUGCGGCUGCUGCGCCACGACCGGCCCCUGCACCCGGCCAUCGUCAAACCGCACCUGCGCAACGUGCCUGAGUACCUGGUGCCCCCCACCCUGCGCGCCAUUGCCCAGCCCCUGCUCAACAAGCGCAAGCGACGGAAACACUUGGCCCCCAGCAGCCGCCGCCCCAGGGGGGGCUUCCAGGCCCGGGGGGGGCGCAACCCUCUGCGGAGCUUCCAGUACAUGGGGAGGCGACCCCGGCGCCCAGCUAGCAAGGGGAAGACGUCCUGAGCUGUCAGCGACAGCACCUGGCUGGACUCAGAAUGGACAAUGUCCCGUGUGGCUGGGGCCGAUUCCCCCGCUGGGCCAAGAGGAGACAAACGCUGCCCCCUGUGCCCCGCUACCCCUUCCUGGCUCUGCUCUCUGAGCAGGGGUCUUAUGGGGCACCUGUGGCGGGGCGUGGGCAUCUCCUGCUGCUGGCGUCAGCCACGCCCCAGUGCCAGGCCCCGGGCGCCUGAGUGUGGCUGUGGGGAGGGGGGGCUGGGGCCAAAGAGUUGCAGACGGCAGCUGACCCCAAUAAAGCUCA